GCUGACGCCGCCCUCUCAGAGUGAGCGAAAGCGGCAGCUUAUUUUGGGAAGGCCAGUGUGCCAGCAUGCCUUCAAACGCCUCCUGGGUUUGGGGGCCAUGCGCUUCGCCAAGCUGAAGAAAGCAGUCGCAACUAACCAGAGAGCUCCUGUGGAUUUGCGGCAGCGGCCCAGACGAGAUGACGGAAGCCACCGCGAAUCGAUCCGGAAGCGGGGUUUGAUCGCAGAAUUUCUAGAGGAAAUUUUGCGUACGAUGGCUGAGCCUAUGCCAGAAGUUGGAAAGAAGCGGAAAGGCUUGGAAGACGCUGUGCUUCCUGACAUGAAGUUUCGCCGAGCCCAUGGAAAAGUUCCAUCAAAGCAGAAACGGGCACUUGGUUUGAAGGUUGUCUCAUCGUCCUCCAAGCCAGCUCUGGAAGCUCUGCCAGGUCAAGCUCCGCCUGUGGCGAUGAAGCUGUUGCCACCAGGGACAUUUACGGACUACCUUCGGCUGGCUGACCAACAUGACAUCCGCUCUGCAGAAGUCAUUCUGCAGAGCGAUAAUUGCUCAAAGGAGACGAAGAACAACUGCAUGAUGCACUUCAUGGGCAUGAUCACAUCCUUGAAGAAGGUCUACCGCGCAGAAAUGCGCUACCUUCAGACAGCUCACACCCAUGAGGAUGUUGAUCAAUACUUUUCUGCAAUCGCGACCCACAUCCAGGCAUCGCCUGAGUUACACACACCAGCAGAUUUCGUUUGGAGCUUGACCAAUUUUGGCCGCGACCAUCCUGACGUCAGGCCUUAUGAGCCCAAUACAAUUGUCUAUGAAGUGGGGGGCACGCGAGACUGGAGCUUCGUUGCAAAAGACCAGGAGAGGAAGUCUUUCCUGGCAAUUGGCAUAGCUGGCCCAGGAGCACCGCAUGUGUUCGCCUUUGACAGGGCAGAAGACCUCCCAGGCGAGUAA